GCGGCCGUGGCCGACCAGGAGAUCGAGAAUAUGGUGAAGGCGCCGCAGGUCGCGGACGUCGUGGAUAUUGUCGACAUUGGCGAGUCGAUCGCCAGGAAGUAUGAGGUCGUGAAUCGUGCGGCCGUUGACGUCGAGCAGGCCAAGAUCGUCUUGGCGCAGGCGGAGGCCAGGUUCGACGGGGCAGCUGAGGAGGUGGUCGAGGUUCUUUCGGCCUUGGAGGAGGACGAGCGGACGGCACCCUUGGUGAAGCUCGGCCUCCCGCCCGAGAAGUCAGCCGUGUCGUGA